AUGCGACUAGAGUACAGGGAGAUUGAGAUACUGUCGACACUCGAUGACAAAUAUGUUGUUAAAUACUAUGAUUCGUGGCUGGAGUCCGACUCUCAAGGAACUGGAGGGCCGUCAGUAUUAUACAUACAGAUGGAGUUAUGUUCAUCCAAUUUGUGUGAUGUGACCAUGGUCAAAAAGACCUGUUUCGCAUCGGUUAAGAAUAAGAGUCUGGGUCAUGAGAUUUUGGAGGCCGUGGAUUACCUACAUGGCCAGGCUAUUAUUCACCGGGAUCUUAAACCGGAAAAUAUCAUGGUACUUUUGAAUUUGGCCACCAAACGGUGCAUUAAGCUUGGUGAUUAUGGACUGGCCAAAAUACAGAAAUAG